AAAAGACUUGAGAAAAUGAAACAUAAGAGGAGGACCUACUUAUAAAUCGGGACUAACCAAAAACAUAACACACAGAGAAUAGGCCGAAGGCGAUACCACUCGACUUCUCUUAGUUCUUGUCCGUGCAGCUGUCGGGGGGUGCAGGGCGAUCCAUUUAAUUUCUGAUUUCUGAUGGCAUGCUCUUUAAGACGCCUCUUGAGUCAUGCUCGUAUUUCUCAAACCACUAUUACCACCUUAGGGUCCACAGAACAUCUUCAAAGCAAGGCUAUAAUGCAGUCACCUGCCAGAACUAUAGCCCAACAAAUAUCAGGGUCCCUAUCUAGAUCUGCCACGUUCAGUCUCUCUCGCACUCUCUGCACAGCAAUUGCAGCAAGGGAGACACGAACUAAGAAUCUUGAGCGCAUUACUGAUGAGCUCUUGGACCUCACAAAGAUAGAGAGGCACGAUUAUUCCAUCCUUUUCAGGCUCAAAAUGGGCCUUAACAGGUAUGGCCCCGCAAUUUCAGGGGUGAGUUCCGCAUCUUCUGAAUCUGGGCCUGCUUCCACAGACUCUAAGGUGGCGGAGAAGGUUGCAUUUGAUAUCAAGCUCGAGAAGUUUGACGCGGCGGCAAAGAUCAAGAUCAUUAAGGAGGUUAGGACUUUCACUGAUUUGGGACUAAAAGACGCUAAAGACUUGGUGGAGAAGGCUCCUGUUGUGCUGAAGAAGGGUGUGUCCAAAGAGGAGGCAGGGCCUAUUGUUGACAGGCUUAAGGAGUUGGGUGCUACUGUGGUAUUGGAAUGAAUUCAAUUUUCUAUCAUUUUUACGUUUUCCUUCAUGUAGAUUUGUGAUGGGUGAGUCUAAUGAUAAAUGGAGAGAUUUAGGUCGUUCAGUGGGACUCCAAUUGGCUCUUGAAUGAAUUUUUGGUGUUAGAGGU